AUGGGAUGGCAAGGCAGCUUUAGCGGUAAAUCAGAAAAACCAAGAAUUGUUCUUGAGGCUGUGGCAGGUCAGACACCACAACUUAACUAUCAUGUUAACAGAACUCUUUACGAGUUUGAGUACUACCUUGCUGAUGGCAUCUACCCAAAGUGGGCGACACUUGUGCAAUCAAUCAAACAUCCUGAGAAUGAAGCAGAAGAGUACUUUUCCACUAAGCAGGAGGCGUACAGGAAGGAUGUUGAAAAGGCAUUUGGGAUUCUACAAGCACGAUUUGCAAUUAUUAGGCAACCUACAAGAGGUUGGGACUGA